UAUAAGAAGAUCCUGUACAUUUUUAAGACUAUCUCCAAUAUUCUGUGAUUUCUCUUGUGUUUCUACCUUAAAAGUGAAAACACAAACAAAAUCAGCGAGCGGAUUAUUGUCUAUGCAAAUUUUCUCCAUAGCUCCACCUUUUUUGAACCUGGAUCUCUACGGCUUUACGACACUAGGUCGUGAAAUGACGAAGCGUUGCCGCCACUAUUGGCGGAAGCUAGCCUUAUGCUUUGCGGCAACGGCGUUAGCGGGGUUCGGAUGUUGUUAGGCACGUUGUGCGGGAAGGGCUGCGGAAACCGGUGACCGUGUUCAUGUCGUGCCUUCAUGCUUUAGGGGUUUAUUUCUUGAACUCUUUUUUUUUUUUUUUUGAGUCCUUAAAAAGGCAAGAGUAAUUUCUUCGCUUCGCUGUUGGAAGGCUGCGAUUCCGUUACUCCCGAAGAGGACUCUUUCUUGCAAGCGUUCCCUUGCACACAGUUUACUCUUAGGCUGGUGAGACUCGCCCUCCCUCCUCCAAGACGUCUCGCUGUUUUGUUUGGUUUUAGUUUUGUUCUUUGAGAGGAUUCCAUCCUCCGGCUUUCCUUCCCUAUUUUUCCUUCCUUCCUUCGCGCAUCCCCGCCCGCCCCCAUCCCCGUCCUCUGGGAGAGACCAGCCCUCACCGCCGCCGGCUGAGGAAUGGAGCCUCACGGCUGUCGGGAGUGCCCAUCGCGGGAAGGCUCGUCCUUGCCUGGAGAGCGGGCUUCCUCCGACCUCGGACAGGCCUUGUCCCAGAUUUUGCACCAUCUUACCGGCCUGGAUUCCCGACGUGGCAAGGCCAGAAAUGCAGCUCUUCAGGACCUCAGUGCUCUGAUAGAAGCCACAGAGGGUGAUGAACUGUUUGGGGGGAGUGGCACAUCGCUCCGCGGAAUGCCCGAGAUGCUGGGGCAGGUGGCAAAAGCCCUGGAGAAGUAUGCAGCCCCACCCAAAGAGCAGGGAGGUGGAAGCGAUGGUCACUCUGAAGUGGCCGAGAAAGCGGCAGCGGUUGGGUUACUGUUUCUUAAGCUAUUGAGGAAAGUUGGGGCUGCCGAGAAUUCCUUGGUUUGCCCUGCCUGGAAGGCAUGCCUCCGUCUCUUGGCGGGACCCAUCUAUAUUUUUGCCGUCUCGCACAGCUUGGAGCAAGCAUGGACCAGCCCAAGAUCGCAGGACGUUGCUGGACAGGUGCUCGCCUUACUGCUUCAAGUUACUGAGUGUGCUUCUGUGGCGGGAUUCCUCCACGGAGAAAAUGAGGAUGAGAAAGGGAGAUUUACUCUGAUAAUGGGACUUCUCAAACCCGAUUUGAAUAAGGAAACCUGGAAGAAUAAUCCUGCCACAAAACAUGUUUUCUCGUGGACUCUGCAACAGGUCUCUCGACCCUGGCUGAACCAGCAUCUGGAAAGGAUACUUCCCCCAUCAUUGCUCAUCUCAGAUGACUAUCAAACUGAGAACAAAAUCCUGGGUGUACACUGCCUCCAUCACAUUGUGCUUAACGUGCCAGCUGCUGAUUUGCUUCAGUAUAACAGGGCCCAGGUCGUAUACCAUGCCCUUUUCAACCACCUGUACACACCGGAGCACCACCUCAUCCAGGCUGUGCUCCUGUGUCUGUUGGAUUUAUUCCCUGUCCUGGAGAAAGGCCUCCACUGGAAGGGAGAUGCAGCUCGACCCACCACACACUGUGAUGAGGUACUGCAGCUGAUCCUGACCCACAUGGAGCCAGAGCACCGCCUCCUCUUACGCAGGACCUACGCGAGAAACCUACCAGCCUUUGUGAAGAGGUUGGGGAUCCUAACUGUCCGGCACUUGAAGAGGCUGCAACGAGUCAUCAUUGGUUAUCUGGAGGUUUAUGAUGGACCAGAGGAGGAGGCUAGAUUGAAGAUACUGGAAACCCUAAAACUUCUCAUGCAGUAUACAUGGCCCAGAGUUUCCUGUAGACUUGUGGUCUUAUUGAAGGCUCUCUUGAAACUGCUAUGUGAUGUAGCAAGGGAUCCAAGUCUCACACCUGAGCCUAUUAAGAGCACCUUGUUAGAGGAGGCCACAGACUGCCUGAUUCUCCUCGACCACUGCUCUCAAGGGCGGGUGAAGGGUCUCCUGGCCAAAAUUCUCCAAAGCUGUGAGGACAGUAAGGUGGUGACCUGUCUCAGAAAAGUGCAGCAGGCUUCGGAAGGCGCUCCCGGCGAUGGAACUUAACAUUUGUACGAAUUUCCUGAAGAGGAAAGGAUUUUCUUUGUAUUCCAGUUGUAUAAAUGUGAUUAUUUAAGGAAAAGCAUCUGAAGAGUCACUCCCUGCCUCCUGCUGUUCCAGGGCCUUGUCGAAGGCAUGAAUGGGGAAGUUGUAGAUGUCGCCAUACUGAAGAAUGUAAACAGAGACUGGCUUUAACUACAUUUGGAUCUUACACUUAAAGUCCACUGUCUGACAAGCAUAUUACUUUUACCUCAGUGAUUAAAUGAGAAUAGUUAAA